AUCCCUUUCGUCUGAAAGGAUCAAACUCUCUGGACCAGCAAGACUAUAAGAACUUCAAUGAGUGAACAAAGUGAUACCAGUUCUUAACGUCUAUACCCAGAGCAAAGGACAGCUCUAAAUUUCAAGCGAAAUUCUGGUGUAUUUAAUUUUUAGAAAUUAAGAAUAAGAAAAAUGAGGUUAUUGUUGAUUUCCGUUUGCGUGACCUUGGCACUGGCGGGUCCGGCAAAGCAGUCCCAUAUAUUGGAUAAGAAGCAAAUUGAUCAGCUUGUCGAUGGUUUAGAUUUUGAUUAUACAAUUAAACAAGAUCCUGGCUAUUCAGGUGAAUACGCUGAAGCACCAUUGGCACCGCAAUUAAAGCCAAAGACUGGUUUCAGCGUUGGUGGUGGUUUAGUGAGUAUUGCACAGGGUGCAGCUAAUGCCGCUCACAAUUCAGUUGUUAAUCAACCCUCGGCUGCCGGUCAAGCAGCGUACGUUGCCAAAAAUACUUUGGCACAAUCUGCUGCACAAUCUGCUGCAACAGCAGCCGCAGCUUUAGCAGGAAAGCAAAUUAUUCUAAUGGGCCUGGAACAACAAUCCUAUAAUGCUCAUCAGGCUGUCAAUUCGGAGAAACAACAAUUACAACAGGCGCAACGUGCUGCCACUGCUGCACAAAAUUCUGCUCAACAAGCAAUGCAUCAGGUACAAGUAAUAACAACAGCAUUGAAUGCGGCUCAGGUAACAUCGGAACACGCUGCUCAAGCUGCUGCUGAAUCUGCAGCCGAAUUGGCAGCACAAACAACAAUGGUUGGCCAAGCAAAAGCCAAUGCACGAGCAAUUGAUGAACAAUUAGAAGCAGCUAGAAUUGAUUUUGAAGCAACGCAAGCUGCCGCACAAAAAGCAGCUGCACUUGCUCAAAAAGCUCAAAGCAAUGCCGCAGCUGCUGCAGCUCAUGCUGCACAAGCGGCAAGCGAAGCUGCAGCCCAUGCUGUUGCAACCAAAAAUGAUCAUGAAGCACUUCAAAAUAGCAUUCAAAAUUCAGCGAAAAUUUAUCCCUUUGGUAAAUUUAUCAUUCGUGAUUCCGCCAAUUUACAACAGCCCUCAACUAUUCCUCAAGAAUCAAUUCAAGUACAGGAUGGUGCCAUCAAUGGACCAAAUGGCAGUGAAGAAAAUUACUCUACAAAUUCUUAUGAAUCAGCCAGUCCCUACACCACAUCAGCAAUAUCCUCCUCGUCCUAUCCAUCAUCAUCAUCAUCGACAUCAUUGGACUAUGAUUAUAAAAGCUCACCAAGAGUAUUAGACUAUGGAUAUUAAAUUUAAUCCCAAUUAUCAUCAAUCAUUCACAAAAAAUCUAAUCUAAAUUUUACAAUAUUUAUUUAUUUCCUCUCCAUUGAAUUCAUUUGAAAAAAUUUUAAUUUUACCGAAUAAAUAUAAGUUUAUCGGUUUUAUUUGAUAGUGGAACAUUUUUUGUUAUGCGUUCCUAAUCAAAAUUAAAAUAAGAUCAAAAAACAUUUUUUUUAAUUAUUUAAUAAUUUACAUUGAUUUUGAAGUAAAUUAGAAAUUUGUUUUUAUCGAUUUAAUGCAAAUAAAAAAUAAAGUAUUGUUGCCAUUUUAUCCUCAAACAAGUGAAAGUAAAUGAGAUAAAAACAAUAUAGAAAUAAAAGUAUCUCUCUAGAUCUAAUAUGCGCGACCAUUACUCUUGAUAAAAUCUACAACUUUUAAUUUUAACAUUAAAAAAAAAGAAAAAUAUUAAUCGAGACAUUAAUAAAUGAAAUAAGUAAACUUAA